UUUCGAUGAAUCAAAGCUGCUCAUGUUUCUAUUCAGAGUAAAAGCAGCCAAGACAAGAGAGCCGUAUGAGAGAGAGAGAAAUAGAGACAAAACCCUCAAAGUGUCGAGAAAGCUUCGAAGUCACACAGUGUGAGGGGUUCUGGUCAGGAUGCGGCCGGCUCUGUUCCUCUGUCCCGUCCUGAUCUCUGUGCUGUUUCUUCUGUCCUCUCUGAGCCUCAUCAGCGGCUGCAAUAAAGCUCUGUGUGCCAGCGACGUCAGCAAAUGUCUGCUACAGGGUCUCUGUCAGUGCCGGCCUCAGGAGGGAAACUGCUCGUGUUGUAAAGAGUGUAUGUUGUGUUUGAGUUCUCUCUGGGAGGAGUGCUGCGACUGUGUGGGGAUGUGUAACCCCAGGAGCUACAACGACAGUCCUGCCACAUCCAAAAGCACAGUGGAGGAGCUUUAUCGGCCGAUCCCAUCGCUCUUCCGAGCUCUGACAGAAGGAGACGCUCCCAUCAACAUGAUGGUGGUGUCGUUCCCUGUUGCUGAAGAACUGUCCCAUCAUGAAAACCUGGUGUCCUUUCUGGAGACCCUCGACAGCCAGAGCCACAACAUCUCUCUGCCCACCAGCAGCGCACAGGAUGAUGCCUUGUGUACGGUGGUCUACUUUGAUGACUGUGUGUCCAUCCGGCAGUGUAAGCAGUAUUGCGAGUCUAUGGGCGGAUCAAAGUACCGCUGGUUUCAUAACGCCUGCUGCGAGUGCAUCGGGCCCGAGUGUCUGGACUACGGCAGCAAAACCGUCAAGUGCAUGAACUGCCUGAUCUGAGACGCCACGAAAACAUUCUCUUUUACAUCACCUUUCAUCUAUAGUUCACGCAAAACUGACAGUUACGUCUUAAUUUAAUCACCUUUCACUUUUCUUUUUACUGUUAUACACAAAAGAAGAUGUUUUAAAGUAUAUAUAGUAUUUGUUUUUCUUAUUAUGAAAGUCAGUGGUUACAGGUUUUCA